AUGUCUUGCCGUCCCAUGCAGGCAGGCUCCAGAUGCAGCAGCCGAAGUUUCAGCUCCUGUUCAGCCAUCAUGCCCCGGACGGUCACCCACUAUGCAGUGAGCAGCAGUUCGUGCCGACUCGGAGGCACGGGGGGCACCGGGGGUCUGCGCGCCCUGGGCUGCCUCGGCUCACGGAGCCUGUGCAACGUGGGCUUCGGGAGGCCCCGGGUGGCCUCCAGGUGCGGCCUGCCCGCCUUUGGCUAUCGAGCAGGGGCCCCCUGCGGGUCCUCUGCCUGCAUCGCCCCCGUCACCGUCAACGAGAGCUUGCUGGUGCCACUGGCGCUGGAAAUCGACCCGAGCGUACAGAAGGUGAAGCGCGAUGAGAAGGAGCAGAUCAAAUGCCUCAACAACCGCUUUGCAUCCUUCAUCAACAAGGUUCGGUUCCUGGAGCAGAAGAACAAGCUGCUGGAGACCAAGUGGAACUUCAUGCAGCAACAGCGCUCCUGCCAGAACAACAUCGAGCCCAUCUUCGAGGCCUACAUUGGGAGCCUGCGCAAGCAGCUCGACUGCGUGUCCGGAGACCGCGUGCAGCUCGAGUCAGAGCUGCGCAGCCUGCAGGACACACUGGAGGGCUACAAGAAGAAGUACGAAGAGGAGCUUUCGCUGCGACCCUGUGCUGAGAAUGAGUUUGUCGCCUUGAAGAAGGAGGUGGAUACAGCCUUCCUGGUGAAGGCUGACCUGGAGACCAACAUGGAGGCACUCGUGCAAGAAAUCAGCUUCCUCAAAGACCUGUACGAAGAGGAGAUCCUCCUGCUGCAGUCUCAGAUCUCUGAGACCUCGGUCAUCGUCAAGAUGGACAACAGCCGGGACCUGGACGUGGACAGCAUCAUCGCUGAGAUCAAGGCCCAGUACGACGACAUUGUCAGCCGCAGCAAAGCUGAAGCUGAGGCCUGGUACCAGUCCCGGUAUGAGGAGCUGCGGCUCACAGCUGGGACCCACUGCGACAGCCUUCGCAACCGCCGGAACGAGAUCCUGGAGAUGAACAAGCUGAUCCAGCGGCUGCAGCAAGAAACCGAGAAUGUCAAAGGCCAGCGUUGCAAGCUCGAGGGCGCCAUCACCGAGGCCGAGCAGCAGGGUGAAGCAGCCCUGAGCGAUGCCAAGAGCAAGCUGGCAGGGCUGGAGGGCGCCCUGCAGAAGGCCAAGCAGGACAUGGCCUGCCUGCUCAAGGAGUACCAGGAGGUGAUGAACUCCAAGCUGGGCCUGGACAUUGAGAUCGCCACCUACCGCCGUCUGCUGGAGGGCGAGGAGCACAGGCUGUGCGAAGGCAUUGGACCUGUGAAUAUCUCCGUGAGCAGCUCCAAGGGUGCCAUCCUGUACGAACCGUGUGUGGUCAGCACGCCCAUGCUGAGGACCGAUUACUGCACAGGGGGCACCAGCAUGCUGAGGAGCACCGGAGGCUGCAGCGUGGUGGGCACUGGCGACCUCUACAUCCCUUGCGAACCCCAGGGGCUCCUGAGUUGUGGGAGCAGGCAGGGCUCCGGCCACAAGUGUUAA